GCGAAACCCAGGGAUGGAUUGACAUGGCGGUGCAGAUUAUUGAGAUCGUCAUCUGCAUCAUCCUCAUCCAGGGCAUCAGGAAGGAACACCGCGGAAUGGUGAUGGUGUGGGUGUGGGUGAGCACCAUCAUGAUCGCCAUCAACAUCGUGCUGAUAGUUAUCACCAUCAUCCUGACCCUGAAUAUCAUCUUCGCCAUCAUCGCCUUCAUCGUCUUCGGCAUCGCGAUCUACUGCGUCUUGGUGGUCCGCUCCUACGCCCUCACGCUGGGUGGCUCUGGCAGCGUGGCAUAAGAAUCGACGAGGAAGAUGAGAGAGAAGAAUCCCAAACAUCUGGAUUGGGAGUUUUGUGUUUUUCAUCAAUUUUUUUCUUCAAGAAUAUGACAUUAUUUGAGAAUAUGAAUGUCUCUUUACUUUGUUACAUUCUGGCCAUUGUUUACAGUCAUGAGGUAUAGUUCCAGUAUUAUCAGCUUUAGUGAACGCACAACCAGCUUACUUAUUUUAUCACAGAAUAUAAGUUACAUGCACGAAACAACUUUUAUAUUGCCAUUAAAGGCCAGUGGUUGUGAAAGAUAUUAUCUGAUGGUAUAGUGCACUUUUAACGAGCAAUUGAUGAAAGAUUUUGUUCAGAUUGCUAAGAUAUUAAGAAUAUUUGCAGGUGGUAUGAGUUUACCACAAUGUUUUAGACUGAUUUCAUACUUUUGUGGCUGAGAAACAAUGGAAGUCCAGCUUUGGUCAGUGAAAAUAAUGAAGAUAGAUGACUGUUAUCUUUAAAUGCAAAAGAGUUUAUUUCCCUUCAAGUAAAGCCUAGAUUUACAAAUUAAGGCCUUAAUUUUUACACUACUUGAAAAUAUUGGAACAAAAGUUGUUCCUGUACUUUCAGUUUACCUAAAAGAUGAAUUAUCUCACCUUUCUUAUGCUGCAUUACCCAAAAAUUAUGAUUGGUUCCGAACAAAAUAUAAUAAUUGUUGAUUAUAUCUCCUAAAAGCAUAAGAACUGAUUGAGACUCGUCCUUUUGUGUGUGCAUUAAAACAAUGAAUGUGUUCAGUAGAUAAGGAUUACCUGAAACUAGGAAUAUGUAAACCUCUGUACCCCUUGCAUCCGAGUACGUCCUCGUCGGCCUCUCGGCAGUAGGCCAGAGUUUUCUUUUGGCCGACCAGAGCCUAAAUGCCGGGCCGGACGUGGUCGACCUUCCCCCCUGAGACUGAAUACCGACUUGAAGAGGCUGCUGGUUCCGGAGGAUUCCCGAGGAAGCUUCUGUCUUCUGUAGAGGAAUCAGGUCAGCGAUACCCUCUGGAUUCAUUUCGAAUCCUUCAGUCGUUGGGGGAUUAUCGUGGUCAAAGGAGGUUAUAUAUAAAUUUUAUGUCUGGUUAACAGUGAAUUCUAUUUCUCGAAGCCAUUACUUUAUGAUGUUCUGUGAGCCACUGGUGAAGAGCCAAACAGAAUAUUGGCAGUAAAUGACCUUUAUUUUCUGAUUGAGUAAUAAAUGACAUUCCUUACCAAGGAAUGGCACUUAUCACACUUGUUUUCAUAGACAUAUUAGUAAUACAUUGUGGUUCCUUAUGCAAAAGGAACACUUAUUGGCAAUCACAUUCAUUGGCCUAUGAUACUCGAGACCUUUUUGAUUCACGGCUGUUACAGCCCACUGCCACCUGAACUGCUAAGAAUAAAGAAAUUUAUUUGGUUUUGCUUUUUUAAAUGAGUCAGUACUGAGAUUCUGUCCUUUGAUUUAUUCUUAGCCUUAAGUUUAUGCUUAAAAUGAUGGUACCAAAUGCUCUUUUCACCAAAAAAUGUAUGAUCAUUUACAGAUUCUGUUAUUUAUGCCAACGAAUGUCUGCUUUAUGCAAGACGUGUAUUCUCACAGGAAGGCGAAACGAGCCAGCCAUAUUCACUGCAAAAAAUCUUCCAGGACAGAUGUGUUCCUUAGUUCCUUUUGGUUUGCUGUAAAGAAAGAAAGACUUCAUAUUUAUGUAAUCUCAUUCCUGUAAGGAAAGGUUAUCCAUUUAAUGCUACCUUUUUCAGAAGUAGAAGUUAGAUUAGAUACUGUUCUAUACAGAGAAAUAGUACAUGAAGUGGCUUUUAUAUUUUCAAGGACAUGAUCUCAUGCCUUUUAAUAUUUUUUUACCAUAUGUAACAAAAUGAAUGUCUAUGCUUUAUGAGAGUUUAAAUAGAUGAUUUUUAUUUUAAUUCCGUCACAGAUAAAAAAA